UAAUAUCAUUAAUAUUAAUCUGGUCGAGGAAGACACGGCAGAAAGACGUAGCCGUACGAUUAGCAAGCCUCGAUCGAGUGAGAAGGGCACAGGGAACUCGGUGUCGAUUGUUAAUCGCCUUUACCGAACUCAGACAGGUUCUAAAACCCUUAAAUUCCCGCUUCCGUCACCUUCUUUCCGGCGAGCUUCGGCGCCAUGAGUCGCUACGACAGCCGCACCUCCGAUCCCACUUCUUACCGCGACCGUAGAAGUGAUUCAGGUUUUGGUGGGUCUACAGGCUAUGGCAAUUCAGUGCGAUCCUCCUCUAGCAAGAGUGACUAUCAUGCUUCUGAGGCCCCAAAAAAGGUGGAUUUGGAUGGAUUACCUCAUUUUGAGAAGAACUUCUACAUUGAGGCAUCAUCAGUGGUGGAAAUGACAGAUAGAGAGGUUGAGGAGUAUCGAAAAAGGAGGGAAAUCACUGUAGAAGGUCGUGAUGUUCCAAAACCAGUCAAGUCUUUCCGUGAUGUUGGAUUUCCUGAUUAUGUCAUGCAAGAAAUUGCCAAAGCUGGCUUCACUGAACCUACUCCUAUUCAGUCCCAAGGAUGGCCAAUGGCACUUAAAGGUCGAGAUCUCAUUGGUAUUGCAGAAACGGGGUCGGGGAAGACACUUGCAUACCUUUUGCCUGCAAUUGUCCAUGUCAAUGCCCAGCCAAUCCUUUCUCCUGGAGAUGGUCCAAUUGUGUUAGUUCUAGCUCCUACUCGUGAACUUGCAGUUCAAAUUCAACAAGAAGCUACAAAAUUUGGUGCAUCUUCGAAGAUUAAGAACACAUGCAUAUAUGGUGGUGUUCCCAAAGGACCUCAAGUACGUGAUCUUCAGAAAGGAGUUGAAAUUGUAAUUGCUACACCGGGAAGAUUGAUUGAUAUGAUGGAGUCACAUCAUACAAACUUACGAAGGGUUACUUACCUUGUACUGGAUGAGGCUGAUCGGAUGCUAGAUAUGGGAUUUGACCCUCAAAUACGAAAAAUUGUUUCACAGAUUCGGCCUGAUCGGCAAACUUUGUACUGGAGUGCUACCUGGCCUAAAGAAGUUGAACAAUUGGCCAGGAAGUUUCUAUACAAUCCAUACAAGGUCAUCAUUGGUUCUCCAGACCUGAAAGCUAAUCAUGCCAUACGCCAACAUGUUGAUAUCGUCUCUGAAAAUCAGAAAUAUAACAAAUUGGUGAAGUUGCUGGAGGAUAUAAUGGAUGGGAGUCGAAUCCUGAUCUUUAUGGAUACCAAGAAAGGCUGUGAUCAAACUACCCGACAGCUUCGCAUGGAUGGUUGGCCUGCACUUUCAAUUCAUGGUGACAAGAGUCAAGCAGAAAGGGAUUGGGUCCUCUCAGAAUUUAGGUCUGGCAAGAGCCCUAUAAUGACGGCUACAGAUGUUGCUGCUCGUGGUUUAGAUGUAAAGGACGUAAAAUAUGUAAUAAAUUACGAUUUUCCUGGAUCUCUUGAGGAUUAUGUUCAUCGAAUUGGUCGAACAGGAAGAGCUGGAGCAAAAGGAACUGCAUACACUUUCUUCACCGCUGCUAAUGCAAGAUUUGCGAAAGAAGUCAUAGCGAUUCUUGAAGAAGCUGGACAGAAGGUUAGUCCUGAACUGGCAGCAAUGGGUCGUGGUGCGCCUCCUCCUCCCUCAGGUCAUGGGGGGUUCCGAGAUCGUGGAAGGGGUUUUGGUGGUGGCCGAUCAUGGAGUUGAUUAUCAAACUUGAUGACUUCAGACAAUUAUUAGUGUCCUGCAGUCACUGUGUUGCCAUUGCAAAAGUGGGUAUGCCGAAUACUACCACUUAACCCUUCGAACAGACCCAUCUACUCUACUUUUACCAACACAUGACAGGAAGGUGAAAGUUGUUUGGGAUUUUGAUGUACAAGAAAGAGUUCCAUUAUUUUUCCCUAGAAGAAAAAUGUUAAAGUCAACGUGUAUUUAGUAGACAAAUUGUUCAAACAUGCUGCAGUACUGUAUUUAUGAUCUUUUCUAUUGUGUUGGAAAGUAAAACUCUUCAUUAUUUCU